AUGAAUUGCGUGCCCGACUACGAUCACUGGGUAACCCAGUUUGGGACCAACGAGCGCUGUUCUCCCUUCGGCGGCAUGGGUCAUUACACGAACUGCACCAAGCUCGCCGAGACCUGCUACAAGGGUUUCGUUGCCUCGCCUCCUGUCAACACAACCUACGGUCCUCAGGUCUUCUACGUGGGCAACGUCGAAGACAACCUCAAGUUCGAAGAGUGCGUCAAUGGCCUCGGUCAAGUCGUUCAUUACGAGCCUGGCUUCACGAGCGACCGCGGCUGUCAGCUUACUUUCAACAGCUUGAGCAACAACAGUGUCCUCAAUACCAACGCGGCCUGGCCAAAGAACUCUUUCAAAAGCAAGAGCACCGUGCUCUUCACGUACCUGGCCGUCUUUCUUUGCUUCACCGUGAUGGUCGCCGCCCGACCCUUCAUUGCGGACGGCCAGCCUUCGGAUCAGCUGCAGAGGCUCGGCAGCGGCUGGUGUGACAAGAUCAUGGACCACAUCGAAGCGGGGGGCCAGCUGCGGACGACGGGUCACGGUGUUUCUGGUAACAUGGUCCGCUCCACGGUGAACGAAUCGGCCAACACGUCAGACCUUCGCGUUGAUUACUCGUCCUUGCGCAAGCGUGGCCAGGUAGGAUGCAAGAGCUUUGUUUGGGAUUACCGAAACGAGACGCAGUCCGGCACCGAACGAGUCGGCCCGACCAUCGACUGCCGUAAUUGCUUCUCUCCCGCCACCACCCAGGUCGAUCAGACCAAUGUGACGCUCAAGAGCAUCUGGCAGACGUCUGACGCCAGCGCCAAGGUAUCUGACUUCUCGGUCCGUGGUCUGGGUCCGUCGUACCGCGACGAGGUCAAGACCGGGGCGACGCCGACCUUCUCCAUCGGCGCAGGAUACAUGGGCUAUGUCGCCGCCUAUGCCCCCGCAACCGUCUUCGUGGGCAGAUUCACUGAGUGCGACGACCGCAUCGACAAGCCUGGUCGCGUCUUCGCCAUCAGGAACCAGGUGAACUACCGCGUUGUCAAUACCAACGCUUGA